AUGACACGUCGAACACAUCAUCAUCAUCAUCUGCACACACCUGCCCCUCAUCCCUCGUCCCUCACCUGCCCCUCACCCCUCACCUGCCCCUCAUCCUCACUGCCCUUCUCCACACCCGCCCCCUCACUCUUCCUCAUCCCUCACCUCCCGCCCUCCCUCACCUGCCCCUCACGCCCUCAUCCUCCCUCACCGCCCUCACCUGCCCCUCAUCAUCCUCACCGCCCCUCGUCCUCACUGCCCUCAUCCCUCACCUGCCCCUCAUCCCUCACCUGCCCCUCACCUGCUCCUCAUCCCUCACCCUCACCUGCCCCUCCUCACCUCCUCAAUCCCUCACGCCCCCUCCCUCGUCUCACCCCUCACUGCUCCUCCUCCCUCACCUCCCUGCCCCCCUCACACUCUCCUCACCCCUCACCACUGCCCCUCAUCUCUCACCUGCCCUCACCCUUACCUGCCCCUCCAUCACCUGCCCCUCAUCCCUCACCUGCUCCUCACCCCUCACCUGCCCCUCAUCCCUCAUCCCUCACCCGCCCCUCAUCUAUCUCUCACCUGCCCCUCACCCUCACCGCCCCUCACCCCUCACCCGCCCUCGUCCUCACCCGCCCCUCGUCCCUCACCCGCCCCUCGUCCCUCACCCGCCCCUCAUCCCUCACCCGCCCUCACCCGCCCCUCGUCCCUCACCCGCCCCUCGUCCCUCACCCGCCCCUCGUCCCUCACCCGCCCCUCACCCGCCCCUCAUCCCUCACCCGCCCCUCAUCCCUCACCUGCCCCUCGUCCCUCACCUGCCCCUCAUCUAUCCCUCACCCGCCCCUCAUCCCUCACCUGCUCCUCACCCCUCACCUGCUCCUCAUCCCUCACCCUCACCUGCCCCUCAUCCCUCACCUGCUCCUCACCCCUUACCUGCCCCUCGUCCCUCACCCCUCACCUGCCCCUCAUCCCUCACCUGCUCCUCACCCCUCACCUGCCCCUCAUCCUCUCCCUCACCCGCCCCUCACCUGCCCCUCAUCUAUCUCUCACCUGCCCCUCGCCCCUCACCUGCCUGCCCUCACCCGCCCUCGUCCCUCCCGCCCUCACCCUCACCGCCCCUCGUCCCUCACCCGCCCCUCGUCCCUCACCCGCCCCUCACCCCUCACCCGCCCCUCAUCCCUCACCUGCCCCUCACCCGCCCCUCACCCCUCACCCGCCCCUCAUCCCUCACCCGCCCUCACCGCCCUCACCCCUCACCCGCCCCUCACCCCUCACCCGCCCCUCAUCCCUCACCUGCCCCUCACCCCUCACCUGCCCCUCAUCCCUCACCUGCCCCUCAUCUAUCCCUCACCCGCCCCUCACCCCUCACCUGCCCCUCCACUGAGGAGCACCCGUCAGCCCUCACGCUAA